AGCGAGAGUGAUCGCUCGUAGAUCUCGAUCUCGAUCGCGAUUUGAUACGCAAAAGAGACAGGGAAGAACGUUGGGAUACGUAGUUGAUAUAUAAAAGGGGGAAACGUUAACUGGAAUCGACGAGCGGAGAUACGGGGCACGCACGUUCGAUAGAUCCGAUACUGCGUUCCGUAGCGAAGUGCAGGUGGGCCGAGCUACGGCGGAAACGAACGAAGUCGUACUCGGGGGAAAACCGAGCGGCGGCACUCGGCCGAGGACUGUUUUGUCAGAGUACCUCAGUAAUGCUUUGCAUGGCCAGCUAGCCGCAACUCGGCUCUUGUCGCUGAGUCUCGCGUCGUAUUUAUCGUUCACUCGGUGUGACAUCGUGUUGUGUGAUAUGUAUUACUUAGAUACGAAGGGACGUGAGUAGCGAGAAAGUAGAGGACCUUAUAUAUAUAUAUAUAUAUAUAGAAUUUUCUUAACGCUACGCACUGUGUGUGACGCGACAUAUAUUUCGGGCGUGGAUCAAAUUUCGUUUCGGACGAGCGCUCGAACUCGAGUGUCCGUUCGUCGAAGGAAGGAAGGAAGGAAGGAAGGAAGGAAGGAAGGAAGAAAAAAGAAAGAAAGAAAGAAAGGAAGGAAGGAAGAAAAGAAGUAAGAAAAAAGAUCUUGUGUUAAACGGAGAUAGAAAGAGAAAUAGAUAGAAAAAGACAGAUAGAGACAGAAAGACAGACAGAGAGAGAGAGAGAGAGAGAAAGACAGUGGGACAUCUUGCGCGAUACGUUGCUGCGUGUGAGAAAAUAAGGAUAGAAAGAAGAGAAGAGAAGCCGGAUCGUGGACGGCAGCGACGCUCGCUGCGGCCCUGGUGGAAUCUCGAUUCCACCCCAAACGUGUUUCCUCACUUGAGAACCGAGCUACCAUCCGAGACAAACUGUGUAUGGUGCACGAGCGAAUCAAGAUGCUGUCGUCGGUGCCAGCGAAAUAAUAAUGUGGUGCGACGUUGGUCAGAGUUGUGCAAUGAUGGGUCUGCAGGCCACGGCAGGAAAACGUAAACUGGAGGGAGGUGUGGGCUGCAUGGAGUUCGACAUGGACAUGGGCGAAAGCCCGUCGAAGUUAGGUCGCGUGGAGGGUAGCUGGUGGGCAAUGGAGGACGGCUAUGCACCGUCGCUCAGCCAGACGCCAGCAUCUUAUUACGACAUGGAGGUGUCGUCGCCCUGCUUGCAGGCGAAUCCCUGUCAACCUACGUCAGGGAAUACUCAACAACAACAACAACAGCAGCAACAGCAUUCGACGUCGCAGCAACAGCAGCAGCAACACUCGACGUCUCAACAACAACAGCAACAGCAACAACAGCAACAACAGCAGCAGCAACAGCAGCAACAACAAUCGUCAACGUCACCGUCGGCACCGAAUGCCUCAACGGUGGCACAGCUGCAUCAUCACGCGCAGCACUACUAUCAUCAUCAACGCGGUACCUCUGGUAGUCCAAUCGGUAAUAAUGGUUACAGUCAGUUGUCGAGGCCUCAACCUCAAUGGGGCACUCCCCAUCAUUACGAGCCGCCAACGAUAAGACGCGAAGAGAACGGAAAGAGCUAUCUCGAGUUGGGUUCGAGUUACCGCGCGAACGAGAGGUGCUGCGAGGGCUCGAGGUCGAGUUGGUGUCGACGAGGUAGAGCCUGCUAUCGACAGAGACGGUUAGCUGUUCUUAAUAUCUCGAUGUGCAAACUGGCGAGGUACCGUCAGUACCCCGAUCCCAGUCUCCAUCGGUCGGUCCUCAUUUGCAAUACCCUGAGGCAUUUGGAGCGCGAGAUGGAGAGGGAUAGAAGUCCACCGCCUAUGGAACCGGUAAUACCCGCGCCCAUGGCGCAGCUUCAACCACCUGAACAGGGCAGGCUAACCCCUUUCCCGAUGCCACCGACUUCCUCCGGUGAAACGGACGCGGACUCGGGUAUCGGCGAUAGCGACGAUAGUAGAUCGAUCAAUUGGGGUAGCGUGUUAUCUCUUUCCAGUCAGUCGCCUCUCGAUCCACUCAACAAUAACGAGCUUUUAGACGUCGACAUCGGUCCAGACUUGGAUCUCGACUUUAUGCCUGGAUGGAAACUGACUCCUUUAUCGGCGGAUGAUAUUCUUAGGAGUACAACGAUACAGGAGCAGCAACAGCAACAACAGCAACAACAACAGCAACAACAGCAACAGCAACAUCAUCAUCAUCAUCACCACCAUCACCAACAGCAGCAGCAGCAGCAACAGCAACAACAACAACAACAACAACAGCAACAUUUAACCUCAUCGAGCUGCGGCAGCACAAAUGUGGGUGGUUCAGCCGUAAAUAACGCCAGCAGCAGUAGUACGCACGAAUCGCUGAUGUGCGUAGGAUCAUAGCCCCCAAUAUUAACGUCGUUGAGUCAUCUCAUCGAUUUCUAUCCCCUGACACCGCAAGGCAAAUAAAGAGAGCGGCUGCCACGGGUCCCCUCCGAUACAGAGAGACAAAGAAAGAAAGAAAGAAAGAAAGAAAGAAAGAAAGAGGUACACGGGCCUCUUACUCGGGCCGUUCGGUCCCGUCCUUAAACUUGUGCCUCCAUCAACAAACAUCGUCAUCGUCGAAAACGUCUCUCGUUUGCUCGCGUCAAUUACGAGCUUCGAACGGAUUUGAUAUCCGUUCGGUAAGCUAGAGCAUCGAAGAGAAUAAUAGCGCGACGAAUCGUCGUCGAUCGCGUAGGAAAACGCAUCGAACGGCCGUCGAGGAUGUACGCGGGACCGAGCUAAAACGUGUGAGCCUGAG